UUUAAGAGACAGUUUUGUGGGCGCCCUACUGUCGGGGUUUAGCGAAACGUGAAAUCGGGCAGGUUCUUGAAAGGUUUUGGUCUGUGUGCGGUCACUGGUCAAGGUUACAGCGGCCCCAAAGUGUUUUCAAUUUUAGUAACUUACAAAAAAAAAUCCUGUUAAGAACUUUACUCAAUAUCUUUUACGCCUUUUGACCGAUGAUGGGGUUUGUUCUUUCAGCACAGUAUGUUUGUGGGCAAGCGUUUCCAAAGCGAAUACUACGGAUCUCAAUAAACAAGUUUUUAUCCCUUUCUUUCAAGAGUUUUCCGUUGACAAGAAAGGAAGGCAUGACACACGCCUGUGACGUCAUGGAAACCGGAAGUCCUUUAACCAGUGUGAAAGGUAUGUAUAAAGUCAUAAUACAUAAACAACUUAAAUAUAAAAAGAUACUUCAUUCAUACCGUCACAACUGGGAAGAAACAACCUCACGCGAGCGAGCCAAGCAAGGGGAGAUAAACUUUGAAGUGGAUUUUUAUAAUCUUAAUAAGAUGGGACUUAAUCAAAUCAUGAAAUUUUUCGUUUUCUAUCCAGCGAUGGUUUUAGUUUCAUGUGCGAUCGGUGUGUCAUCGCAGUGUAAUGGUGAAUUGGAAUCAUGCUCUCACGGACUAUGUAGCGAUGAAUGUGAAAACUCGAAUGCUUCAGGCAGCGGAGUGGAGAUCAUUGUAAUCAUUAUGAGUAUAUCUGUGGCAUUAAUUAUUGGACUUGCUAUCGUUUUGGUUUACGUGUGCUUUAAACAAGGACCUUGGUCACAGAGUGUCGACGCACAAUCGAAUGAGAGCACCACAUGCGAUUCAAGCACGGGUGUGGAAAUUCCAGACUACUUAAUGCGAAGGCGAUUUUCGUCGCUCAGUAUGACUGCUGGUCCUCCGCCUUAUUUUAGUCUUUUUAGCUUCAAUUUAAACGGUAUUGGCGAGAUGCAAAGUACGGUUGUAGGAGGAAACGUGGGGACUGAAACAUCAAAUGAACAACCGCCAGAGUAUGGUAUUUUGUUCGGAAACUCUCCCCCUCCGUAUGAGCAUGUGGUGAAGAUUUCGCAGUUACUAAAGCCUUUAGAAACAGGGACCACUGUUAUCACCACCGCUGGCUGAUGAAAAAUUUACCCAAAGUUUAAGUGCGGUGCGGUCCAAGUGAAGAACUAAACGUGUUCGUUACUGUUGAAUCACGCGAUGUGAUUAAGAUUGCACGCGGUGGCACGCAAUGGUAACACUGUACAGUUAUGUAAGCUCACAGUGGCAGUCUAUCAGAGGCUAAAGUCUGUGUCAAAUGGUAAAGUUUAAAAUAAUUUAUCAUACUGCUAACGGCAAUUUUGAUCUUUUUUCCUGUUAAUUAUCCAAAAAUUCAUGCGAAAUAAUUAAAUUCACGGCGAUUAUGUUGCUCCCACAAACUAAAAUGAAGGGUCGCUUUUAUUUAUUCUAUUCAUGUUUCGCCUGUUAACUUAAUUUGCUUUCGAUGAGUACUUCGAAGAAGACUCUGUAAGUUAUAACUUAAAGAAUGCCUUUAAUUUUCAGUUUCGUUCAGAAGAUAGUCUUUCAAAAGAAAGUCCCUUAGAAGAUAGUCUUUAGUUAUAUGUGCAGUUCAAGUAAUUUUGACGGCAAUGCCCUCUCGUAUUUUUUUAGAUUACUGUAUUUCACUGAAAAUAAGAAUUUAAAAAACAUCUGUCUUUUUCACUCUUGUUACUGUACAAAACUUGGAAGAAAGACAAACAAAUCAAAACAAAAAAAAAAUUAACAGGAUUUGCAUUUUUGUUUCAUCUCGUCGUGUGGCGGAGGGGCCGGAAAAAGGCGAGUCCGGAAAAUCGACCUUCGGGUUUCAAAUUAAACGGCUUUUACGUAAUCUCCUAGUAAAACCGCACGAGUUAAUUACAAAGUCUUAUUAUAAGUGAAUUUUGUAGUUUUAAGAAUUUACUUGCUAAUUCUUCUACGUUCAAAUAUCCUUUUAAAUCUUUGAUUUCAAAGAUCUAAGAAUCCUUUUUUUUAGAUUUGAUUUUACUUCUUUUAACUUACUAGCGGGCACAGCCUUUAUUGCCAUUGCACGGAUCAACUUUGCAAAGCUGAAUUUUAUUCGUUUCUAUUUAUUGCUAUUGAUUGUAAAUAGUUGAGCAAGUAUUCGUUAUUCAUGCACACGUUGAAAGUUGUAUAUAUUAUUUAACUUUAAUUUAUUUGGUUCAAAAUAAAGAGUACACAAAUUUAUGUGA